AUGAUCGCUCGCUUGCCCCUUACGAUCCUCCUCCUCGCGGCCGUCGCCGUGUCACUCUGCGCCGCCUGCACCCAGCCCUCGUGCACCACCGGCACCUACGGCCUGAUCCCCGGCUUCACCCCCACCAGCAACGGCUGCGGCUCCUACGGCGUGUCCAUCGACGCGCCCUUCGGCGUCACCCCGUGCUGCAACCAGCACGACAUCUGCUACCACAGCUGCAACACCUCCAAGAGCGACUGCGACGACCGCUUCGACCAGUGCAUGAAGGACGUCUGUGACUCGGAGGACGAUAUCGAGAAGAUCGCGUGCCGCGCCCAGGCCGAGCUGUUCUACCAGGCUGUGAUGGACCUCGGCUGCCGCGCGUACCUGAACAACCAGGAGGCCGGCUGCCAGUGCUCGGACGGCUCCAUUGUCACCUCUCCCGGAUCCUCCAGCUCCGCCGACACUCGCGCCGUGAGCACCCUUCUCCAGUUCGCCACCACCGUCGCUGGCCUCAUCAUGUAA